CUUUAUCGCCAAUUCAACCACCAACAUGCCCAAAGAUCCUAUUUUCAAGGGUCUAGGAGACCCUUUGGGGGUGAUUCCCCUUGACUCUAUUCAGCCGGGGGAUGGACUGACCACCAAGAAAGUUGAUAUGACAACAUUAACCUCUUACAAUCUUCUUCCAAAACAGCAGAAAACAGUUCUCGUUCCUGGCUCCCCCAAUAUUUGGAGUCCCCCCCAAACACCAAGAAAAGUCAAACCAGACGCAGGCUUAUACCCAAUGGACCCUAAUCGACACGUAUUCCCACAAUGCCCACUCGAGCCACUCUUCCGCGCCAUCGCCCUCACACAGCCAGCGAUGCGUAUGGACGGGAUUGAUCUCGUGACAGAUCGACGCAAUCUCCGCCUGUUGCUGGGGUUUGUCAGUGGGAAGAAGAGCCCAUUCCGCAUCGACGUCGAGGUGGUUCACCACACUGUACUAUUUUCAUGCUGGACGCCAAGGGCAGUUACAUAUAUAGACCGUUCUGCGGCUGCGGGGUACGGGCACGAGUUUGAAAAGGCGUCGACACGACAGCCACGGGGCGUGAGGGCGAGUAUCAUGCAUAACCGGGUGAUUCGCUACGUGCUCGGUGGUGUGAGCAUCAUUCUGCGAUACGAAGUCGACGGCUGCACCGGUUCUGGCAAUGACAUCCAUCGGGGGAUGGCUGUAUCGCGGAGCGAAAAGACACCAACGGGGUAUACGGUAUGCAGGGCAGGAAAGAUGGUCGCUCCAUCGCGCAUUAUCGAAAUCAAAACCGGACGGGUCGGGAAGAACCUGGAUGUGUCGAAGAAUAUCGAACAGCUUUGGUUCUCGCAGACGCCGAUUCUCUGUGAGGGGCAUUAUGACGAGACCGGUAGGUUUACCAGUAUUAGCAAAAGCAAUGUCUUGAAGUUGGGAAGGUUGGAGAAAUGGGAGGACGGCCAUCAGGAGCAGCUUACGAAGCUGGCGACGCUGCUCAGAGUCAUUGUUGAGAUGGCGAAGACGGAGGGUUGGAAUAAAUUCGCGCUGGUUUCAUCAGAGGGCGCAUUGAAUAUCUUCAGCUUGAUAAAUCAGAAUGGUAAAGGUUUGCCUGUCGACCUGCAUUCUAUGUGGAGUAGCCAAGAUACUGGAAAGGAGGCCUGAAUAGUAUCUGAUCAGCCUUCUAGGCAGCACAGCAGAGUAUCGGAAAGGUGAUCCUAGCAUUCUGCAGUAGUAUCUACCAUUGCUUCACUGGUUAAUAACUAUCAAUAACUGAGUAUCAAGUGAAGUAAACGUAGCUUCCUGAUUAAGAGUGAAUCCUCAGGCUGACUUCCUCUUGUCUUCUUCCUUCCUUCUCCCGCUUUAUCUUCCUGCAACAACACUCAUCAGUGGCAUCUUAGCGCAGUCAAUAAUUUACUCUCUUCUCAGCAUACUAUAUAUAUAAUGAAUAUAUACAAUGGCUGAGAAUCCUCACACAUGAAACCC